AUGCACGGCAAGACCAAGCAACUCAUCGUGGGGUCAAUAGUUUGUGGGGAUGGCCCACAGUGCGAAAUGGUGGGGGUGGGCACCAAACAUAUGGGCACAUUACGAGGUACAACAGUGGUUGCCCUGUGGGACCGCCCCUACACUAUUACAACUUUGGACAGGAUGUGCUUCAAAGUCAAGUAG